GUAGGGCCUCCUGCUCACACUGGGAAGGCUCUGAUCUUCAUGGGCACCCACAACCUGGCAACCCUUUGGUGAUCAGAACCAUAUCCUGACACUGAUGUCCGUGGCAGCCCAGAUCUACAAGCACCCUAGCAUCAGGAAUGCUGUCAACCUGGUGGUGGUGAAAGUGUUGAUAGUGGAAGACGAGCAGUGGGGCCCAGAGGUCUCUGACAACGGGGGCCUUACUCUGCGCAACUUCUGCAGCUGGCAACGGCAGUUCAACCACCCCAGCGACCGCCACCCAGAGCACUACGACACAGCCAUCCUGCUCACCAGACAGAACUUCUGUGGGAAGGAGGGUAUGUGUGACACCCUGGGUGUGGCUGAUAUUGGCACAAUCUGCGACCCCAGCAAGAGCUGCUCUGUAAUCGAGGACGAGGGACUCCAAGCGGCCUACACGUUGGCCCACGAACUAGGACACGUUCUCAGCAUGCCUCACGAUGACUCCAAGCCCUGUGAGCGCCUCUUUGGGCCCAUGGACAAGCACCACAUGAUGGCCCCACUUUUCGUCUACCUCAACAAGACGCUGCCCUGGUCGCCCUGCAGUGCCAUGUACAUAACAGAGUUCCUGGACAGCGGUCACGGAGACUGCCUCCUGGAUGCCCCCACUUCACCACUGCCCCUCCCAACAGACCUUCCGGGGCGCAGGACCCUCUAUGCACUGGACCAGCAGUGCAAGCAGAUCUUUGGGCCAGGCUUCCGCCACUGCCCCAACACCUCUGUGCAAGACAUCUGCACCCAGCUCUGGUGCCAUUUGGAGGGCACCGAGCCCUUGUGUCACACCAAGAAUGGCAGCCUGCCUUGGGCAGAUGGGACGCCUUGUGGGUCCAAGCACCUCUGCUGGGAAGGCAGCUGUCUGCCUGAAGAGGAAGUGGAGCGGCCCAAGGCUGUGGUGGAUGGAGCCUGGGCCCCAUGGGGACCGUGGGGUGAAUGUUCCCGCACCUGUGGUGGAGGAGUUCAGUUUUCAUACCGUGAGUGCAAGGACCCUGAGCCUCAAAACGGAGGAAGAUACUGCCUGGGUCGGAGAACUAAGUACCAGUCAUGCCAAACAGAGGAAUGCCCACCCAAUGGGAAAAGCUUCAGGGAGCAGCAGUGUGAGAAAUACAAUGCCUACAACUACACUGACAUGGAUGGGAAUCCCCUGCAGUGGGUCCCCAAGUACACAGGGGUGUCGCCCCGGGACCGCUGUAAGCUGUUCUGCCGAGCCCGAGGGAGGAGCGAGUUCAAAGUGUUUGAGACCAAAGUGAUCGAUGGCACCCUCUGUGGGCCGGAGACACUGGCUAUCUGUGUCCGCGGCCAGUGCAUCAAGGCUGGCUGUGACCACGUGGUGGACUCUCCCAGGAAGCUGGACAAGUGUGGGGUGUGUGGGGGCAACGGCAACUCUUGCAGGAAAAUCUCUGGCUUAUUCAACCCCUCCAGUUAUGGCUAUAAUGACAUCGUCACCAUCCCAGCUGGUGCCACUAACAUUGAUGUGAAACAAAGGAGCCUCCCCGGCGUGCAGAAUGAUGGCAACUACCUGGCGCUGAAGACCUCUGAUGGACGGUACCUGCUCAACGGUAACCUGGCCAUCUCUGCCAUGGAGCAGGACAUCUUGGUUAAAGGGACUAUUCUUAAGUACAGUGGUUCCAUUGCCACCUUGGAAAGGUUGCAGAGUUUCCGGCCUCUACCUGAGCCGCUGACUGUCCAGCUCCUGACAGUUCCUGGUGAGGUCUUUCCCCCAAAAGUCAAGUACAGCUUCUUUGUUCCGAAUGAUGUGAACUUCAGCAUGCAGAACAGCAAGGAGAGAGUCACUACCCACAUCAUCCAGCCCCUGCUCAAUGCACAGUGGGUCCUGGGGGAAUGGUCGGAGUGCUCAAGGACCUGUGGGGCUGGCUGGCAGCGGCGGACUGUAGAGUGCUGGGACUCCACAGGCCAAGCUUCAGCCACCUGCGAGGAGGCUCUGAAACCCGAGGAUGCCAAGUCCUGUGGAAGCCAACCAUGCCCUCUGUAAACGGGGGGGCAGGGACCGGCAUGUUCGUGGUCUUGGGGCACAGGGGCAUAGACAAGGACCUCCACCAUGGUGAUUCUACAUAGUGAGGUGGUACGUCCUGCCCAGCCCUCCUAUUGCCACUGCCCCUUGGAUACUACAUGAACUCAUAACGGGGAGCAGACGAGGGGAUGGAUGAGACAGAUCCUUCAGGAACUAUCUAGUCCAUUGGACCUUGCUUUGGUUCAUAUAGAAGAUAUAGGUUAAAAGGUAAAAAGUACACUUAUUGACCUGAACAGGAGACUCCCGAGUCAAUCUGUUUGCAAAAUACUGCCCAAGUUUAAUGGGGGUGGGGGAGAACUUUUCUAUUUGUAUUCCCCAGUAAAUAAUCUACCUCAGAGGGGGGAAAAAUUAGUAAAUGGUAUGGGAAGCUCUAUGGUAAUUUUCCGAGUGUGCAUCAGAGCUGUGGCCCUGGGCUGUCUUUUUAAAACGAUGAUGACUAUCUUCAGUAUUAAAAUCCACUGCCUGAAGGGCUGCAGGAAUUCAAGGUUGUGGGGAGCCAGACAUUCUCAGGCGUCCACCUGCAGGGAUGGAGCCAUUUCAAGUAUUUAUGCAAAUAUGUCUCCAAACUAAAGUGUGAUCUUGUGCGAAUGUCAAGGUCUGGUCAGCUUCGUGAUCUCUGUGAAAGGGGAGGGGACGUGAAGCCCCAAGAUGAAGACUGCCCUAGGUGGGCUCAUCUCAGACACACAAGAAGGCUGGCAUCGUGCCUGACUGGGUCUCUUCAGGCCUCGUUCCUCGGUAAAUAAUACAGAUAUUGCUUUAUGUUCUGAUAUGCCUGCUGAGCCCAGGUCAUUUGGGCAACGUUGUUCAUUUGUUUCAUCUCAACUGCAUCUCUUGGUCUCCAAGCCAGCCUCAUCAGGAUCACCUGGAGGACUUAUUAAAACAUGGAUUUGCUGGACCCCCA